AAAAAAACAAAGCAUAGUUUCAAAGUGCAAACAAAACGGCAAGCAAACAAGAAAAAACACGCUAAAUCUUCCCCAAGUAGAUGAUACAAUGUAUUAGUUGUAUCACGAUAGCUCCAAAUCAGGACCCCGGAAUUUGAAUUCAAAAUUCCCAUACUAUCUUCUUUGAUAUUUAAGUUUGAACGAUCCGGGGGGAUGUUUUUGCAUUGAUCCCUGUCCAUUGAAUUGACCCUUUGAAGUGUUGACAGAACGUUAUCGAUUUUGCAUUCGUUCCCAGAUUUUGUUCUCCUGGUAUUAUAGUCCGCACUAUUUGGAGGGUGGAUUUAGAGAAACUAUACGUUUUGGGUUUCUCAAUUUAGUGCGUAUGAUUGGGGAAUUAGUCAUUAAUCGGGAUUGAGGUCUUUUCGUUGGGUUUGAUUUUAGUGCUUUACUUAAGGAAACUUUUGUUGAAUGCCAGGAUCUUUGGGCUGCGCAUCGGAAGCAGCAUUGUGUUGUUGCAUUUUCUAAAUUACGGCAUUGUCUUCUCAGUGUAAUUGUUGUGUGUUAUGAGUGGUGGCAGUCGUGAAGAAUUUUGGUGGGGAAUUCGAAACAGUUCUGAGAUUUUCUAAUUUGGAAGCUUUGGGGUUUGUUAUCCUCUUACUUGCACUAGUGAAUGAAUGGGAGUGUUGAGAAAAGACAGAGAUGAAGGGUGAUAUUGUUUGGUUUACGGUAAAAUGAGUGGAGCUUCAUUGGGUCUCCGAAGCUUGAGUUUUGGAUCGAUUCCGCGUUACACACAAAAUGGUGGAUUGCUUUCUCAAAAUGUGUGUGCUCUGCGCAAGACUUCAAGGACCUUAUCUGGUGCAAGGGAGAAGGAGAGGUAUCUGCUACUCAUACUCAGAUACCUCGGUCGAAAAAAGCUUAUCAUGCUGAUUUUGUUCACCAUUGCUCUACUGGCCCUAAGCACUGGAUUUUUCAACGCCAAUAGAGGUUUAAUAUGCUACCAUUCCCUUUUGUCUUAUUUUACUGCAGAAUUCCUCAUUUAUAGUACAGUAUGCUAGGGGUGUGUCUAAAUUUGAAGUAGUUAUUGGUUAGUGGAAGGUUCAGCUAGUCAAGCAUCGUGAUUCGGAAGAUGGGGAAUCAACACUUUCAAACUCCAGGAAAUUGUUAUAGCGUCUUAUAGUGGUAAUCAAAUCAUUAUUAGGUGAACUUACAGUGAUGACAUAUGUUUUAAUGUCACGUCCUUAUCAAUAAAUGGCCAAGGUGGCCAAGUGAAUGCAUGUGAAUUUCAUAUGUUUUCGUUGUUGGCCCAAUUGAAAUUAAAUUAUGAGCACUAAUUCUAUACAUUUACUUUUAUUUAGUUCUGCAUAUGAUGCAUCGGACUUCUGUUAUGUCCACUGAACCACAGUUAGUGGCUAAUUUGGUGUUUCAAAACUGUAGAAUUUGCAUUGGAGAGCUCUGUUUUGGGUAUUGAUGCUUGGUUUGGGAGCAAGACUGUACCAUUACUUUUUCCUGAAGAAAAGGAAGGGAAUCCUAGCAAUAGUUCUUCUCUAAAUGUCCGCAUGGUUUGUGUUGAAAAUGGUGGCCGAACUCUGCCCGUGGCUAAUGAUUCCGCUGCUGCUGUACAAACUCCAAUUUUUUCGAGUCAUCCAUGCAAAAAUUUUGCAUUUCCACCUCCUCCUCCUGGUGACUCAAGGCGUAUCGGACCUCGUCCUUGUCCAGUAUGUUACAUUCCGGUGGAGCAGGCUGUAGCUAGUAUGCCUAGAUUCCCUUCUUCAUCUCCAGUUCUACAUCAUCUAACUUAUUUUCAUGAGGAAAGCUCAAUCAGAACAGAACCUGAAGGAGGCUCUGAUUUUGGUGGAUAUCCAUCUCUGCAGCAAAGGAAUGAGUAUUUUGAUGUAGAGGAGUCAAUGACUGUGCAUUGUGGAUUUAUUAAAGGAUGUAGAGCUGGUGAAAAUACUGGAUUUGAUAUUGAUGCGGCUGACCUUAAGGAUAUGGAUGAAGUCCAUGACGUUAUAGUUGCAUCGGCUAUAUUUGGAAAUUAUGAUAUCAUACAACAGCCGAAGGGUGUUAGUGAAGUUGCAAAGAAAAAUAUACCAUUCUUUAUGUUUGUUGAUGAAGAAACAGGAGCAUAUAUGAAAAACUCUAGUCUUCUUGACAGUAGUAAGAGGGUUGGGCUAUGGAGAAUUAUUGUUGUCCACAAUGUUCCUUACGCUGAUCCCAGGCGCAAUGGCAAGGUGCCGAAACUCCUUCUACAUAGACUCUUUCCAAAUGUGCGGUAUUCAAUUUGGAUUGAUGGCAAGCUUCAGCUUGUUGUGGAUCCAUAUCAAGUUCUUGAAAGGUUCUUGUGGCGUCAAAAUGCUACGUUUGCUAUUUCAAGGCAUUACGCACGCUUUGAUGUGUUUGUAGAGGCCGAAGCUAAUAAAGCAGCAGGAAAAUAUGACAAUGUUUCUAUAGACAACCAGAUUGACUUUUAUAAACGGGAGGGUUUAACACCUUACUCGGAUGCUAAGCUUCCAAUAACCAGUGAUGUUCCUGAAGGAUGCGUAAUCAUACGUGAACACAUUCCUAUCACAAAUCUCUUUACCUGUCUAUGGUUCAAUGAAGUUGAUCGUUUUACUGCCAGGGACCAGUUGAGCUUUUCGACUGUGAGGGAUAAAAUAAUGGCCAAAGUUAAUUGGACCAUCAGUAUGUUUUUGGACUGUGAGAGGAGGAAUUUUGUUGUACAGACAUAUCACAGAGAUUUAUUGGAGAGAAUGCCACCGCCUAUUGCGAGACCGAGAAGCUAUUAUCGACCUACUGUUCGCCACAAGAUGCCUCCUCAAACACCAGUCAAGAAAAGUCCCAUUAGACGCUCAAAAGGAGGUAAGCGAUCAGGAUCAAGGCGGCACCGGAAAGUUGGUGCAGAAGUUAGAGAAAACCAUUUACUUUGAUUUUUUUUUUCUUUUUCCUUGAAGUUUUAAUGCAAAGGAAAAAAAAAGAGACCCACUUAUUCUUUGUCCAAUUCUUUGAAAGGAAUAGGAUGAUUUUGGUAGACGUUUGGAAAAACUUCAGAAACUGUCAAUAGUUGUUCACUAGUGUUUGUAUAUUCCUUAACAUCAGGAUCAUUUCACACAACAUUAUCUGAAUUUUGCCAAAAUGGGCAAUUCAAUUUUCAUCAGUCUGAUGACCUCUUCAAUGAAUCAAAAGCUCCAAGCUGUCUGGAGUUAUCAUGCUUACCGUCAGCUUGUUCUGUUCAGUUUGCCUUUUUGCUGACUUUUGUAUAACUCCGAUUUAGUUCAUUAUAAAUGGAAAUGUG